CCAAGAGCUCAGCCAGGUCAGGCUUUGCAUCCCCACCAGGAGCUCAGCCAGGUCAGGCUUUGCAUGCCCACCAAGGGCUCAGUCACUGCCCGGACUGGGGUGCUGAUCCCGCCCCGUAGCCGGUGCUGGGGCUGCAGCCACUGAGCCCGCGUGUGACACGACAGUUUCACUUCCCCACAGAGGGUGGGGAGGACGAGGACGGGGACGGGGACGAGGACGAGGUGAGCGCUGGGGCAGGGACAGGGUUCCUGCCGAUCUCAGGGUGCUGGUGCCACCAGCCCCACUGCCAUGGACUGGGGUGGGGACAGCGCCGAGCAGCUCACAGCCAUCCUGGAGCCGGGAGGCAGCGAGGAGGAGGAGGAUGAAGAUGAAGACGAAGAAGAGGUGGCCGUGGUGCAGGAGCCCCUGUCCCUCGGCCGGGAGGUGGGUGACGUGGAGCAGUGGCUGCUGGAGCUGGAGCAAGCAUCCCAGGUGCUGCUGGGCGAGCUCUCGGCUCUGGAGACGGAGUUUGAGAUGGAGAGGACGUGCCGGCAGCGUGCCGAAGCCUACGCCGCACAGGUGAAGCAGGAGAACCAGGAGCUGAAGCGGCUCAGCCUGGCCCCGCUGGCCCCCCCGGCCCUGCCCCAGGAGCAGCCCCCCCAGGAGCAGCCCCCCGAGGGGGACCCCGACCCGCACUACGGGCAGCAGCUCCAGGACCUGCAGAAGCAGCUCUCCGGGCUGCUGGAGCAGCGCAACGGCCUCACCAGCCAGGUCCAGGAGCUCCGGAAGCAGAACCAGGACCUGCAGGACCAGCUGGAGCAGGAGCGGGGGCAGCGGCAGCAGCUGCAGGAAGCCCUGGCCACCAGCCAGCGGGCACCGGGCUCCUCCAGGAGGCCCCUCCCCGAGCCCCCGCUGUCCCCAGCAGUGUCCCAGGUUGUCACCCAGGAUUCCUGGGACACGACGCAGCAGCCAGAGCUGGAGCGGGACCUGCGCCUGCACGCCGAAGCCUUCACCCACGAGGUUUCCCGCAAGUGGCCAGUCCACGGGGCUGAGGAGCCGCGGGUCCCUGGCAGGGCCAGCGCUGUCCCUGGGCCGUCCCCAGCCCCUGUCCCCCUCCCGCAGCGCCAGGAGCUGGAUGUGGCCCGCGCGGCGCUGGCGGCGGCCCAGGAGGAGAAGCUGGAGCUGAGGAAGAGGCUGGAGGAGGCCGAAGGGCGGCUGGGGGAGCUGCGGGAGGAAGUGAUGCUGCUGUGGAAGAAGGUGGCCAAGGACUUGUCACCGCAGAGCCAGAGCCACGAGGUGGCUGUGCCGGUGCCACCGCCGCCACCGCCACUGCCACCACCCGCUGUCCCCGUGGACCCGCUCUCGGCGCUCAGGCAGAGGAGGGGGCUGGCGAACCCCCAGCGCAGCAGGGCCGGAGGUGACGAUGCCAAAGCCCGGGCGGUGCAGGAGAUGAUGCAGCGGAUCAGGGCCGGCGUGGUCCUGAGACCCGCCAAGGAGCGGGUGUCCCCGCGCCAGGAGGCGCGGCGCAGCGCGGUGCUGGAGCUGCAGAGCAUCCUGGGGGCCAUGAGGACGGGCAGGGGACGCGGCGGGCGGCAGAGCGGCACGCGGCGCGGGGAGCAGCGGCUGGAGAACGGCCUGCGGCGCCGGGCGGCCCAUGGGGAGCCCCCCCCGAGCCCCCCGGGAUCCCAGCAGGGGCCUCAUCCUGGGGACAAGGACAUCAGCACGGUCCCAUCGCCGGGGAGUGGGGACAGGGACACCCCCUUCAGAGCCCGGGUGACCGGCGGCCUCCCCAGGACGCGACCCCUCGCCCGCCGGGCUGGGGACAGGGGGGAGCCGGGGUAGGGACAAGGAGGGGACAUGGGGACAGUCUCUGCCAGCUCUGCCCCUGGAUCUCCAGCACUUCGCACCCUCUUGUGCUUUCAUUAAAGCAGGUGGCACCAGG